AUGUCCGACUUCAUCGACAAGCAGGCAGAAGAAUCGGAAAACUCGUAUAAUUCGGAGGAUUCCGAUGUCAGUGCCGGAGAAAAUCAGGUUUCCAAGAAAAGGAAGGCACAGGAGAGUAAGAAGCGCGACAAAAAGAAGCGGAAGAUCGUUUCUAGCAGCGAUGAAGACGAUUCCGACGAAGAUGAAGACGAGCAGGCUCGGGAAGAAAUGAAAAACUUCAUCAUCGAUGAUCCGGAAGAAGAGCAAAACGAUGAUGACGAAGUGCGUUCAGAGCGGGGCCGACGAGAAAGUGAAGAAGAACUUGAUGAUGACGACAUGGAGUUGCUCGAUGAAAAUCUUGGUCAUGAACGACGGAAGAAACGCGUCGUUGAUGAAGAUGACGACUCCGAUGAUGAUCGUACCAAAAUUGGACGCAAACUUUUCGGCGGUGACGACGACGUGGGUGAUGAACUUCCGGAGACUCGCGGCUCCUCAAGGAUUGCCCACGAUACGCACGACGAGCGGCAAGAAUAUUCCAGUGAGGAUGAAGACAACUGGAUCGUCGACGAGAAUCGCAAACCGCGACGCCGAGUACCCAAAGAACACGGAAUCGACGCAGCGGCAUAUGACGAAGCUCGAGAUAUUUUCGGAGAUUUCCGAUUUGACGAUGUUUUUGGAGAGGAGGGUCUAGAACAAGACGAAAUUUUCGACGAGGAAGAGGGAAUUAUUGAUGAAGAGGAGGCGGAGGAAGGCGGUCGGGGGCCCGCGAAUCAGCGUGCAGCUCGUCCUGAAGAGACCCUGCUCGGGAACAUUGAGCCUUCAGAACUUGCUAAGGGCUUCUUGACCGCGCAGGACCAAAAGAUCAUCGAAGAAGACUCCCCAGAAAGGUAUCAGACGCGCCGGAUACCAGUGACCCCGGCUGAUGAUUCCGAGAUCGAAGACGAGGCGAAGUGGAUAUGGAAAUACACUUUCGAUGAAAAGAACGCAAAGACACUUACAUGCCAGGAAACUUGCGUCCUCCAAGCAAUCAAAGACAUCCGGAAUGACCGGAAUUUGAGUACGGUACAGCAAAAUAGAGCUGUGGAGGACCUUCGGAAGCGUGGGACGAAAUGCUUGGCAGAACUGCUGAAGCUAAUCCGGAAUCAAUCUUUUGAGAUUUCUUUCAUCGCUUUUUAUCGCAAGGAAUUUAUCGACAGCAUGUUCUUGUUGCAGGAUUUAUGGCGGCUUGUUGAUAUGGAUGAGAAAUGGUGUCACCUCAACCAGCGCAAGGGAAAAUUACGCCAAUUGAUGGAGCGGAUGAAAGCCUACCAAGAGCAAACAGGCACAUUUACACGCAGACCCGUCACCGAAGCCGAUUUUCACGAGCUCGAUACCGUCGAAACGCCGGAGCAAUUGAGUGAUUGCCAAGCCCAAUUUGACUUGUAUUACGCAAAUGACGUGAACAAGCUGGCCGAAUGGGAAGCGGCACGUAAACUCGAGGAUAAAUCGGAAGAGGAAAAGCAGGAAAACGAAGUCAAACUCGACCUUUUUGCCACAAAGUACAAGGCCAGCAUUCGUAGCAACAAAUAUACGGCUUGUCUACAAAAUAACAUCCACGAAUUCUGCAAGCACUUUGGACUUGAACCCCGACAAAUCCAAGAAAAUAUCGAACUGGGAGGGGCGCGCCACGAGCCGGAAAAUGAGCGGGAACCUCCGGAAGUAGUUGCUGAAAGAUACGUUACCGCUACAUUCCCCACUCCCGAUGAUGUCAUCAGGGCCGCAGUGUAUAUGCUAUCAAAGGAAAUUUCUAUGUUGCCCAAGGUCAAAGAAAAUCUGCGGGAGCGCUAUCGUGCCGAUGUUGAAUUGACAACCUUCCCGACGGAAAAGGGUCGCAAAAUCAUCGAUGAUUCUCACCCUCUAUACAAAAAAGCGUAUCUGAAGAACAAGCCAAUUUCUCUAUUCGAAGAAGAUCAGUUCCUUUACUACCAUGUGGCGCGAAAGGAUGGAUUGCUCGAGCUACACCUGAACCCGACUCAAGGCCUUGUUUUGAUACAAAACUUCAUCAACGAUAACGUCUUCUACGUGGAUCGAUACGACACAGUCACAGAACAAUGGAACAAAUUGCGAUACCAGGUUCUAUCGGAAGCCGUAGACGAAAUCAUCAAACCGGCAUUGGACAGGGAAAUUAUCGAUAAAAUGGUUGACGAGGCCCGUGGAGGAGUCAUUCAGCAAAUCACCAACUAUAUGUACUUGAAAAUGCAACAUGGCCCCUACCUUCCCAAGCCACAGGAACGCGACGAAGAUGAUGACGACGACGACGAUGAGGAUCAUCUUCGGGUGCUUGGUAUUGCGUAUUCACAUGGGAUUGACGAGGCCUCGUAUGCAGCGCUUGUCAAUCAGGACGGUGUCGUGCUGACAUACAAACGGCUCACCCACUUCACGAAACGCGAGUUCCCCGGAAAUCCGCAAUCUGAAGGGGGACGGCUGAAGGCACAAGACAUCGCGGAGCUCAAGGAAUUCAUCAAACGACGCAAGCCACACUGCAUCGUCAUCGGUGGUGAUGACCUAGAGGCUCGUCGUCACCAAUUUGAUCUCCAGCGGCUCGUAGGCGAUAUGAGAGACUCAAUGGCCAUCCCUCAAGCCCCAGAUGUGUUUAUUGCCGAGAACAGCCACACAAAGGUCUACGGACAUUCGCAAAUGGGAAAGAAUGAAUUCCCGGAAUAUCCAGUGAUUCUUCGUGAAGCGGUUUCGUUGGCUCGGUAUGUGGCGGACCCGAUGGUUGAACUUUGUCACCUAUGGAACGACGAAGAAGACAUUUUAUGCAUGCAAAUGCAUCCGUUGCAAGGAGAGGUUGACAAGGGACUUCUUCGAGAAGCCGUUCGCAUCGAGUUCAUCAAUCGAGUAAAUGAAGUUGGCGUUGAUGUCAACAAAUGCAUGGAGUUUCCGCAUCAGCAAAACUUGCUCCAAAUGGUUUGCGGACUGGGCCCCAGGAAAGCAGCGCAUCUCUACAAAAUGCUUCGAUCGAUUAACGAAAAAUUGGAGUCGCGUUCAAACCUCGUGAUGUACUGCCAAAUGGGCCCCCGUGUCUUCAUGAACUGCGCUGGAUUCAUCAAAAUCAAUACUGCUAGGAUUUCCGAAAACACUGACAAGUACGUUGAAAUCUUGGAUGGAUCACGCGUUCAUCCGGAAACCUACGAAUGGGCUCGGAAAAUGGCCGUUGACGCCUUGGAGUACGAUGAUAUUGGUGAUCCAACGGCCGCGAUUGAGGGCAUCAUUCAAGCUCCGGAGAAGCUGAAGGAUCUCGACCUGGAGGCGUUUGCCGAGGAGCUGAAGCGCCAAAAUUUCGGGAAUAAGGAAACGACCCUCUACGACAUUCGCCGAGAAUUGAGUCUCCGCUAUGCAGAUUGCCGGCCUCCGAUGACUCCUCCUGAAGACAAGGUUCUCUUCAAAAUCCUCACGAAAGAGUCGAAAAACACCCUCUUCCGCGGCAAGUUACUGAUGGUCAAGGUCAUUGGUGUCGUCUACCGGAAACCUGACAUGAAUGAUCAAACGAAAGAUCCGAUCCGCCUCGACCGGACAAAUCGAUGGCUGUGUCAAUGGUGCUACACUAAGCAAUUUGACGACGUUGCCGAUCUCUACACACAUCUUGAUGAAGGCGAGUGUCCCGGAAGUCCUAAGGGCAUUCGAGUCAAACUCGACAAUGGGAUUGUCGGCUACAUUGCGAACAAGUUCUUGGCAACGAACCCAGACUCGUUCAGAAACCCUCUUGAACGCGUCAAGAUCGGACAAAACAUUCAAUGCCGUAUUUUGACGGUCGACCCUGACAAAUUCUCCGUAACUCUCACUUGCCGUUCGGCUGACCUCCAAAAUGAAGAGCUGCUUGAUAAGGAUGAAUAUUACGAUACUAAUGCUGAAGCCGAAGCUCAGAGGAUGGAUGCUGAGAAGACCCGGCCGAAGGAAAAGGUGGACGUGUUCACAAGAAACGUGGCCCAUGCUGCGUUCCGCAACGUUGGUUAUCGCGAUGCUGAGCGAGAAUUGUCCAUGGCAAAUCCAGGAGAAGCCAUUAUUCGUCCCUCGUCCAAAGCCCCAAAUCAUCUGACAUUAACUUGGAAAGUCGCUGACCAAGUUUACGCACAUGUUGACAUUAUUGAGGAGAACAAAAAGAAACACUACGAAUUGGGAAAGACGCUGAAGAUUGGAAAAGAGACGUACGAAGAUCUGGAUGAAAUCCUCCAUCGUUAUCUCCGGCCGAUGGCAGCCUACGCUAGUGACAUUAUGACGCACAAGAAUUAUUUAGCGACUCCAACGGGUGCCGACCGGUCGUUCGUCGAGGGGAAGCUCUUUGAAUCACGGACAAAAAAUUCGACGAUCCCCUACAUCUUCACUCCUUCAAUUGAAUUCCUCGGGAAAUUUCUGAUUUCCUAUCUACCACAAGUGAAGCCGCGUCACGAAUUCAUCACGGUCACCCCUGAUGGAAUUAAAUUCCGCAAUAUUUUCUUCAACAAUCUUGGUGACCUACUCGUCUGGUUCAAGCUGCACUACAAGGACCCACCAGCGAAUGCCCGUUAUCCCAAUGGCGGUCGACAU